AAGCCGGAAGGAGGGCUGUGAGUACGUGGUCCGGGAAAGCCGGAGCCGGACCCCGGGGGGCCGGCGACAUGGAGCCGCUGUACCAGCAAACGCACAAGCAGGUCCAUGAGAUCCAGUCUCACAUGGGACGCCUGGAGACGGCAGACAAGCAGUCUGUGCACUUAGUAGAAAAUGAAAUCCAAGCAAGCAUAGACCAGAUAUUCAGCCAUCUAGAACGUCUGGAGAUUUUGUCCAGCAAGGAGCCCCCUAACAAAAGACAGAAUGCCAAACUUCGUGUUGACCAGUUAAAGUAUGAUGUCCAGCACCUGCAGACUGCCCUCAGAAACUUCCAGCAUCGGCGGUACACAAGGGAGCAGCAGGAGAGACAGCGAGAAGAGCUCCUGUCCCGUACCUUCACCCCCAAUGACUCUGCCACCACCAUACCAAUGGAUGAAUCCCUGCACUUUAACUCCUCCCUCCAGAGCAUUCACCACGGCAUGGAUGAGCUCCUUGGAGGCGGGCACAGUAUUCUGGAGGGACUGAGGGACCAGAGACUGACCUUGAAGGGGACUCAAAAGAAGAUUCUUGACAUCGCCAACAUGCUGGGCUUGUCCAACACAGUGAUGCGGCUCAUCGAGAAGCGGGCUUUCCAGGACAAGUACUUUAUGAUCGGCGGGAUGCUCGCCACCUGUGUGCUCAUGUUCCUCGUGGUGCAGUACCUGACGUGAGGCGGCCAAGCCCAGCAGCUGAACGGCGCUCCCAGUGCAUGAGUGUGUGCGUGUGUGAGUGUGUGUGCGUGAGAGGGGGAGGGCUGCCCGCAGGCUCCCUUUGGAAAUGUAUGUCCCUUGUAACUGUGAAGGCCACUCGGAAGCCAUUGUGAUCUGUAACCUAGUGGGAGUUUCAAACCUGCUCUGUUUUCUGUGACAUCUUGGAGGGGAAGCUAGUGCCACCAAGAUUCAUGGUGUUUAGAAAAUGAAAGAAGUUCCUGUGCUGUCUCUCUCACUCUCUCACUGGGGGAGGAAGUGAUGUAAGGAUAAGGGAUGAUGAAGGAAGAGAAAGGAAAAAAGCUUUGGUGUUUUUGUCCACAUGGCUGAUGAGCGUACCGGGGAGGCUUUCACAGUGAGCCUUACCGACAGGACUCUCCACACUUUGUCACCACUCAGCCUUUCUGGCUCCCAGUGGGGAGGCCGGAGCAGAAGUGAAGAGGAGGGGAAGGCUUCCUUCUCUUGUGCCCAUUCGCAUGCUCUUGCUACGAGCCACCUCUUCCACUCCCAAAACGAUACGCCAAUGACAGACUGCUCAUACUUGUCUCCCUUCUCCAGAAGCAUCUCCCUACAGGAAACAGGCAUUGAUGCUGUUGUGGACAAGUAAGAUGUUCCACAUUACAGACGUUGGGUGUUUCUUCUUUCGAAAGUGAGGCCACUGUUAUUUUCUGGGCAUGUUCAGCCUUGAGACCCUAGUCACUGUUUUUUGGGGAGUAGUUAAUAGAACGAUUGGCUUUUGAGGUUCCAAGACUGCAUCCUGGCACUGAUUCCCAGGCUUUGGGGAGGGGGGGGUCUUUGCCCCUUAGACAGUAGCUAUGAGCAAAAGGUAGUGAUUUGUGAAGUACAGUCUUACGUCUGGUGUUAGCAUCUCUAAUUCUUUGGCUCGCUUCCCUUCCUUGUUGAAAUGUAUUAGCAACUGCCAACCAAGCCCCCAUUCUGCCCAGCCAGUGUGGGCAGGUUCCGCCCUGAAACCACCUCUGGUGUCAUUCUGAGACUCUUUUCAGGGACCAGGACUUUUUUCUUCUCUGACCAACCCUGGAUUAAGGCUGUACCCACUACCUGGCAUAUUGUGGAAUGUAUUGCCAAGCCAGUCUGUCUGUUGUGAUUAAUCACUGAAAUUACCAGGAAAACAUGGUUAGCAUAUUUUUUCCAUCUAUUCUAGGCCCCACCAGCUCUAGGCUCAGUAACCUUAUGGCAAGACAUAAAAUAGCACUCAAAAUUUCCCAGAAAACCUGGAAACCCGGUCAGUAUUAACCCCACCUCUGAUUGUCUUCCCCCACUCACUUCCUGUCCUCGUUUCCUGCUACCUGGACUGUCUUCUGCCUUCCUUCCCUUUUCUGUGUGUUCCAUUCCAUUUCUCUUAACCUCCCAACUGUUUCUGUAGCACUAUUGGUCUUUUCAGCCACAUCUGUGGCAUAGAUCCCCUUUUAGUGAAUGUUUUUCUUAAUAGUCACAGGUUUUUAAUAUGAGUUUCCUAGGUACUAAUUUCACACUUUUGGUGGGAUCGCCAUUGCUCCUACCCCUCUGGACUUAACAGGGCCGUGGGUUUCCAAGAAGGGGGAAUCUAUGACCCCUUCAUAAAAGGAUUGAGGGUCCUGCCAGAAUGAAAUUGGUGGCUCCGAGGGUGAAGACAGGGUGAGGCGUCUUCAGACCUAGAUCUAACUUCGGGGAGACAGUUUGAAAUUUCCCUCACACCCAGCACCCCUGCUGUCCUAGGGACCCUGCACAGGGCUCCUAGUAGUCUAUAAAAUGGGUUUUUUAACUACACACACUUGGCUGUCCUAUCCCCUGGACCCCUGAAGAUCCUGCCAGACAGUGCACUUUAGAGGAAGGUGUACAAGGAGCAGCUAAGCCAUUUGGACUUGAACUCUGGGAAGUCAAAACUUCCCCCACCCCCAGCCCCCCAUUAGCUGAUGUGACAUCUAUUUGUAAUGUACACCAGUGAAUUUCCACACUUGCCUUUAUGGUGAUUGUUGGACUUGAACCAGAAGGAAGGCCUUCCUUCAUGCUGCACUUUGAGAGCCAUUCUCCCUACUUCGUAAAGCUGUGAGCAGUACAUGGGUCUAUACUAUCCUGGGCUAGGGAACAGCAGCCACAGUGUGUCUGUGAAAAACAUACCUUGGCCAAACUGGGUGCUUCACAGUCCCCAGAGUGUAGGGAAGGGUCCCAGGCCAGGGAAGGAGCGCCCCCUAGUGGAGUCUGGGUGAAUUCUUAGGUUGAGCUGGUGCAAGAAUUUCCAGCAGACAGCCAGCCUCUCAUCCUCAGACAGGCUUUUGGCACAAGGUUUGCCUGUUGUGGUUUAAGACAGGCGGGUUGUCAAGGAACGUGGGGAUAUCUUCAUUCUGUGGAAUUUACUCAAGAUGUGACCACCUUAAGAAAAGCAAAACUCAAAGACCAAGUAGGUAGGAGAUUCUUGAUUUUACAAAAGGCUUCAUUGCUUCAUUUUCCUAAGUCCUUUGCCUUGAUGAAUUGUAAUGGGUUUGAUUUGCAAAUUUGUACUUGCACCCAUUGCUUUUGAAACACGUCAGUUGAAUAAAGUUGGGAUUUAUUUUA